AUGCCAGCGGAGAAAAAAGCGCGGGAGAAAGCCCGCACAAAUGAGGAGGGGAAAGUGGUCGCAGAAGGAUGGACACGUCACUAUGGAGGCGGUAGGGGGCCGGUCGUGAAGGAAGUAGGCGGUGAUACCGCCCGAGCAAUCAGGCACAAAGUGGAGAACACCCAGUGA